AUGGCCGUCAAUGUGAAUAAGUUCCUAAAAAAUUAUGUAUACUUGGAUGAAGAAGACUGCGAAUCUGAAUUGGCCUUGUAUAUAAGUUAUGUCUUAGGCAAUGCAAUUCUGUGGUAUUGUAAUGUGAUCAGCAAAUCAGAGGACAUGAUGCACAUGCCAAUUGAUUUGCUGAUUGCUAACAUGCUUGAAUUGUUUAAGGAAUGUUUAGGCACAUAUCUAGGUGUAUAUACCCAAGAAAUCAUGAAUAUAUUCAAAUUAGA